UAUAGUAAUUCCACAGUUAAGAAAAACAAAUUACUACAAAUGCAGUCGGCGUGGGACCCGGCCGCAGAAAUUAAAGAGCAGAACAGAAAUACUCUGCUAAACCCUACUAACUAAUCUCAGUAGCCAUUACCAAAGAGAAGAAACCCAUAGCUUCCUUCUGUAAUUGGGCACUCUUAAACCCUAAAAAUGAAUCUCUGCAUUCCUCACUAUGCCUCCAUCAGAUUGUCACAACUCAAUGAGCUGAAGAAUGUUGGAGUGGUCGGCAGUAGGCGGGGAAAUUUUAUAGUGAUGGCAGCUUCAUCAACCGUAAUGGAGGCCUCAAAUUACAUUCCAGCAGCACCGAGUUUUUUGCCUGAAGGGCCUUGGCGGCAGAUACCAGGUGGAGUUACUGCUGCCAAAGGUUUUCAGGCUGCAGGUAUGUAUGGAGGACUUCGUGCAGUAGGCGAGAAGCCUGAUCUUGCGCUUGUCACUUGUGAUGUAAAUGCCAUAGCUGCAGGGGCAUUUACCAAGAAUGUGGUUGCAGCUGCACCAGUGUUGUACUGCAAAAAAGUAUUAGAAAGUUCAAGAACAGCUCGAGCAGUUUUGAUAAAUGCAGGUCAAGCAAAUGCCGCAACUGGUGAUGCAGGCUACCAGGAUGUUAUAGAUUGUUCAAAAUCCCUUGAGAAGUUACUUGGGCUGAAUCCUGGGGAAGUAUUGAUUGAAUCCACUGGUGUUAUUGGUCAGAGAAUAAAGAAGGAUGCUCUUCUCAGAUCACUUCCUAAGUUAGUUAAUCUAUUGUCAUCAACUGUUGAGGGAGCAGAUUCUGCAGCUGUGGCAAUAACCACCACUGAUCUUGUUAGUAAGAGCGUAGCAAUUGAGUCUGAGGUUGGAGACACUUGUGUAAGAAUUGGGGGAAUGGCAAAAGGUUCUGGGAUGAUCCACCCUAACAUGGCAACAAUGCUUGGAGUCAUAACAACCGAUGCCCAGGUCACGAGUGAUGUUUGGAGAAAGAUGGUGCAGGUUUCCGUAAGCCGGAGUUUCAACCAAAUCACCGUAGAUGGAGAUACCAGUACUAAUGAUGCUGUCAUUGCCUUGGCAAGUGGGCUUUCAGGGACAAAAACAAUUUCUACUUUGAACAGUCUAGAGGCAGAGCAUCUACAACUCUGCCUAGAUGCUGUAAUGCAAAGUCUUGCAAAGUCUAUAGCUUGGGAUGGGGAAGGAGCAACAUGUUUAAUUGAGGUCAGGGUAAAUGGUGCAGACAAUGAAGCUGAAGCAGCAAGAAUUGCACGCUCAGUGGCAUCUUCUUCUCUUACCAAGGCUGCUGUAUAUGGUAGAGAUCCAAACUGGGGACGUAUUGCGGCUGCUGCUGGCAAAGCAGAUAUUCUUUUUGACCAAAACAAGCUUCGUAUAAUGCUUGGCAAUUUUCUACUUAUGGAUGGAGGUCAGCCUCUUCCAUUUGACAGGCCCGCUGCCAGUAACUAUCUGAGAAAGGCUGGAGAGACUCACGGCAAAGUUGAAAUUCAAAUAUCUAUUGGUGAUGGUCCUGGCAAUGGUCUUGCUUGGGGCUGUGACUUAAGCUAUGACUAUAUAAAAAUCAAUGCGGAGUAUACUACCUAGAAGAUCUGCCUUCAACAGAUUUGAUUACCCCCUUCCCAAUCGCUGGACGCGAAUAAGCUUGCAGGUAAACAGUGGAAUCGUGAUUCAAGACGUCAUAUGAAGGAUUACUGCCAAUUGCUGGAUCUUUAUGGCUCCAGAGCAUAAACUCUAGGGAUACAGAAGUCCCCACUAAAUAUUGGGUGAAAAGGAUGAAUGGAUAUGGUUUUUUUUUUCCUUGCCGCUGCAAGACCUUGAGUUUGAAAAUAUGUUGCGGCUUAUCAUUCCCGCAGGACUCUGCAUGUCUUUUGAUUAGUUGCAUACUGCCAUCCAAACAAUAUCCGUGUACAUUACCACUUCGGUUAAUUGAUAGCCGUCACCCUCCAGUGAACGUAGUUCUCUAGCAUGAUCCUGGAUUUGCCAUAUCUACAAUAUGAGUUAAAAGGAAGGACAUCAGGCAUGACCGGCUCCCAAUAGUGUGAUGGGUAGCAUAUACAAGGCUCGGAAGCGGAUUCACCACAGCAUGUCUGACCGGCGGCAUACUCCGGGCUUACUCUCGAAAAGUAAAUUGCUUGUGCUAAACUUCCGUACUGUAAGUGGCAGUACAAUACCUUAUCCCAAAAUGUUGCCCGCAAUGAGAAGAACAAUUAUUUUAAUAA